AUGCCUCCGAGAAUCGACUUCUUCGCGGCGUCGAGACCGUUGACAUACCGGCCGAAAGCCCUGAACUGCCCCAGACGAGCCCAGCAGGUCUUCAAGACACUACCCGCGUCAUGUAGGGGCUUCGCCAACUCUCACGAUCUGCCUAUAGCGGAAGGCGCCGAGGGACCGAACACCGAUACACUUCCACAUGUGAGCGAAGAAGCGGCGGCAAUCAACGAAAUCACAGGCAAGGGAGGGCCAGAGAUUGAGCAAGGAACGCCAGUGCAGGAGGUCGUCAAGGGCGACAAGGAAGCCGAGAAGAACCUCCCAAAGGUCAUGCAACAAGACAUGAAAGCCUCCAAGCCCAGCGGCGUACGCUCUUACCAUACCUCCGCCCGCCGCCUCCAAGAUGCAACCCUCAUCACCCAGCCCUCCCAAGCACUCUCACAGCCCGGCGUCAAAUUUGGGCUCCCGGACCUUCCUAUGCCACGCUCUGCGAAUCUGCACCACCGAUACGACCCCGCCGUCGAACAAGUCACCAACCUGAUGAUGCGGCAUGGCAAGCUGAGCGUUGCGCAGCGGAACAUGUCACUGAUCCUGACCCACCUCCGUACCGCCUCUCCACCUACCAUAAACCCACUGCGGCCCCUGCUUCCCGGCGCUCCGCCGCCAUCUCACCUACCCCUAAAUCCGAUCCUCUACCUCACCCUUGCGAUUGACUCCGUCGCGCCGCUUAUGCGGAUCCGCUCGCAGAGGGGCGCCGCUGGUGGCGGUGUGGCGUUGCAGAUCCCGGUACCGCUGGGUCUGCGGCAGAGGCGGAGGACGGCGGUGCAGUGGAUUCUGGAUGCCGCGACGAAGCGGAGGAAUAGAGGGUCCGGGAAGGGCAUGUUUGCGCAGAGAGUGGCGGAGGAGUUGGUGAGUGUGGUGGAGGGCAAGAGCAGCGUUUGGGAGAAGAGGGGUGGUGUGCACAAGAUGGGCGUGGGCGCGAGGGCGAACUUGAAGUUUGGCCAGAGGCGAUGA